AUGGAGAACACCGAACCUGAUUCUGGCGAAAGAGAGGACGCACGUACAAUUCCUCAAGAUAAAAGCAAUGGUAAAGCAAAUUUAAUCGAAGCUUUGUUAUUUGUUAACAAACCUGAUUAUGGCGAAGGAGAGGGCGCACGUACAAUUCCUCAAGAUAAAAGCAAGGGUAAAGCAAAAUUAAUCGAAGAACCUGAUUAUGGCGAAGGAGAGGGCGCACGUACAAUUCCUCAAGAUAAAAGCAAGGGUAAAGCAAAAUUAAUCGAAGUGCCUGUUAAUGAUUCCGAUGAUGAUUCGCAUGAAGAUUUGUUUUUUCCUGAAUGCGAUGAUUCUCUGAAACCCCGGGUUGGUCUAGUAUUUCCUACUUUGGAAGUUGCAGAGGAAUUUUAUGAUAAUUAUGCUAAGGAUUGUGGAUUUGAAACUAGAAAAGGCUCAAUCAGACGAACGAAGGAUGGAACGAUUCGCAAGAGGUGGAUGUAUUGCAAUCGUGAAGGUGGAUAUUAUAAGAUUGUCACAUUCAAUGAAGGUCACACUCAUACUAUGAUCCCUGAAUGUAGUCGUCAAUUCAUGAUGACCAAUAGGAAAGUUGGUGAUGUUCAGCAAAUGAUUAUCCAAUCUGCCGUAAAAGCAAAUAUUGGUCCAAUGAAAAGUUUUCGAUUUUACAAGGAGCUUGUUGGAAAGUAUGACGAUGUUGGAUGCACUAGCAGAGACUUCAGGAAUUAUACUCGCGAUUUGAAGGGUUAUACUAAGGGCUCUGAUGCAGAUAUGUUGAUUCAAGAAUUUAAGAAGAAACAACAAUAUUGUGAUUCAUUUAAGUUCUAUUACGAGCUUCAUGAAGGGAUGAAUAGGAUACGUUGUUUGUUUUGGGCCGAUGAUGUAUCCAUCAGAAACUACAACUUGUUUGGUGAAGCCGUUUCGUUUGAUGCUACAUACAACACGAACAGGUACAAAAUGAUAUUCGCGCCAUUCACUGGAAAAGACAAUCACGGCAGAUGUGUCUCGUUUGGAGCUGCUCUCAUGUUUCGCGAAGAUGAAAAUGCUUAUGCUUGGGUUUUGGAAAGAUUUAAGGAGUGCAUGGGUUCUGCUCCUACAAUGUUGAUCACUGAUCAAGAUCCGGCAUUGAGGAAGGCAGUUGCAUCUGUUUGGCCUGAUACAAAACACAGAUUUUGUAUGUGGCAUAUAACCAUGAAGGUUAAAGAAAAGUUGCCAAAUAGUUUGAUGGACAAUUCUGAUUUGAGGGCCAAACUCGACAAUAUAAUAUGGACCGACAAUGAUGAGCCGACUAUUUUCGAGGAGAAGUGGAGAGAUUUUAUUGAGGAAUACGAAUUAUCCGAAAACAGAUGGUUUAAUGACAUGUAUGAGGAUCGUGCAUUAUGGAUUCCUGCGUAUUUCAGAGAUAUACGUAUGAGUGGGUUAUUUCGCACUACGUCUUUAUCGGAGAGCGAAAAUAGUUUUUUUCGGCAGUACUUGAACAAGAAUUCAGAUCUCUUGAUGUUAUAUAUGAAUUUCAACAGCGCAAUGGACUAUCAACGUCAUACAUACCAUAAGGUUACAUAUGAUGAUGAGACUUGUGCGCCAGUUUUGAAAACUAAUGUUGCUUUGGAGACUCAUGCAUCUACUCUUUACACAAGCACUGUAUUCAAGGAUGUACAGGAUGAGAUUGAAGCAUCUAAGGACACUUGCAUGAUGUUUGGUGUCUCAUAUAAUGGUGAAGAUUGCACAUAUUCCGUGGAUGAUUUACAUGAUGGAAAAUUCAAAGUUGUUUAUGAGGCUGGUGAAGACUAUUUAUCGUGUUCCUGUAAGCUGUUCAUCAGGAAAGGUCUCUUAUGCCGUCACAUCUUCGUGGUAUUACGCUACCGUAAAGCCUCAAAAAUACCAGAUAAAUACAUUCUUCCUCGCUGGUGUAAGUUGAGCAGAUUGUCCCCACAGUACGCUGCUCUUUAUUUAGCAGAACCUUCGUCACAAAUAAACUCAACUUUUGGGAACCAACGCUUAUUUGUAUUAUUGACAGAGACUCUUGGUUAUGUAAAUGGUAAUGAAGAGUUGACGAAUCGUUUGUUUCUGAAACUAACUGAAGUACGUGACGAGUUCAAGGAGCUUUGCAGGCCUGACCAAGGUUCGUCAUCCCAGCUGAAUAAUUUUGAACAAUUUUAUGGUUCAUCUAUUCCUGAGGUACCUUCUGUUCUACCACCAUUGGCAUCGAAAACUAAAGGUAGCGGAGCAGGUGGGCGUAGGAAAUCACAUGCAGAGAAGGCCAUGUUAUUAGCUCAGAAACCCUUGCGCCUUUGCAGGAAAUGCAACCGUAAGUGUCACCAUGAUUCGAGGAAUUGUCCUGGCAAAGAUGGAGAUGUGGAUGUAUAA